GUCUACAGCCGCGAUGGCCAGAGGGCUUGACUUUCCUCUUUGGAGUGGGAAACUACGUCACACGAUCUGGGGGGAGGAUUUUUCACCGCGGAUGUAAGGAACCCCCCUUGUGAACCGGGGAGAGUGGUGGCUGCGUUAGAAGACGGCGAGGCAGGACCGGCAUCGCCUCCUCCGGGGCUGCGGGGGGCCCGGGCAGCAUGGUGCCCUCCGGCCCGCUGGCGCAGAAGCAGGCGGCCCUGGAGCCGGAGCCGGGGCCGGACGCGGAGCGCAAGCCCUGGAGGUGCCUGGUGUUCUACUUGUGCUUCUACGGCUUCAUGGCCCAGCUGCGGCCCGGGGAGAGCUUCAUCACGCCCUACCUCCUGGGCCCCGAUAAGAACUUCACGCUGGAGCAGGUCACCAACGAGAUCACGCCGGUGCUGUCGUACUGCUACCUGCUGGUGCUGGUGCCCGUGUUCCUGCUCACCGACUACCUGCGCUACAAGCCGGUGCUGGUGCUGCAGGGCCUGAGCUACGUGGCCGUGUGGCUGCUGCUGCUGCUGGGCACGUCGGUGCGGCACAUGCAGUGCAUGGAGCUCUUCUACAGCGUCACCAUGGCCGCGCGCAUCGCCUACUCCUCCUACGUCUUCUCGCUCGUGCGCCCCGCCCGCUACCAGCGCAUGGCCGGCUACUCGCGCGCCGCCGUGCUGCUCGGCGUCUUCACCAGCUCCGUGCUGGGCCAGCUGCUCGUCACCCUGGGCCGGGUGUCCUUCUCCACGCUCAACUACGUCUCGCUGGGCCUCCUCAUCUUCAGCCUGGUCCUCGCCCUGUUCCUGAAGCGCCCCCGGCGCAGCCUCUUCUUCAACCGCGACGGCCCGGCCCGGAGCGGGGCCUCGCCCUCCGAGCUGGACCGCAUGAACCCGGACGCCCCGCGGGGCGCGGCGCGGCUGGGGGCCUGGCGGGACUGGACGCUGGUGCGCAUGCUCCGGGAGCUGGGGGACAGCCUGCGGCAGCCGCAGCUGCGCCUCUGGUCCCUCUGGUGGGUCUUUAACUCGGCGGCCUACUACCUGAUCGUCUACUACGCGCACAUCCUGUGGAACGUGGUCCACACCACCACCGUCUACAACGGCGCGGCCGACGCGGCGUCCACGCUGCUGGGUGCCAUCACCUCCUUCUCCGCGGGCUUCGUGAAGAUCCGCUGGGCGCUGUGGGCGAAGCUGGUGAUCGCGAGCGUGACGGCGGUGCAGGCGGGGCUGGUGUUCCUCAUGUACAGCACCAACAGCAUCUGGCUGUGCUACGUGGCCUUCGUGCUCUUCCGUGGGGCCUACCAGUUCCUGGUGCCCAUCGCCACUUUUCAGAUCGCGUCUUCCCUCUCUAAGGAGCUCUGUGCCCUGGUCUUCGGGGUCAACACAUUCCUCGCCACCGUCCUCAAGACCAUCAUCACCCUCAUUGUUUCUGACAAGCGGGGCCUGGGCCUCCCGGUCCACUCGCAGUUCCUCAUCUACUUCGGGUACUUCCUCGUGCUGUUUGUCAUCUACCUCUUGGGGGCCAUCCUGGUGAUCGUGCAGCACAUCCAGGAGGCCCGCCGUGCGCCCCCGGAGCCAGGUAGCCCUGCAGAGAAGGCCAUACCCAUGCUGAGCACACAAAGCAGUGGCCUCAGCAACCUGCAGCCCACAGCCCCGCCACAGACCUCCCCGGAGCAGCACCCGCAGCCCGAGGCCAAAGCCUGACGCAGCGCGGCCACCGGGAGGCCAGACUCCUCCGACACCAGAGGCCACUCGCCAUCGUCCUCCGCACCCUGGGGCCUGUGCAUCUCAGACCGGACUCCCCCACUGACCCCGUGGCAGGGGGCCCACCCCUUGGGCGAUGCCAGCGUUCAGAGCCACUGACUAACGGGGAGCCCUGCACAGCGCGUCCCUGUGACCUGCCCCUGGGGGGCUGCCUGCCUCAGGGGGGCCUUGGCUUGGGUGGCGGAGGCCCAGGGACUGUGCCCCUCUGCCCUGCUAGGUGCUGUGGCCCUGUCCCUGGCCUGCUGGGGACACUCAGGCAGCUGCUGGGCACUGUGGGCUGGUCUGCUGUCCCCUGCCCACAUGUGGCGGGCGGGGGGAGCUCACAUGCCCACCAGGCCUCCCCACUGUCAACCCCCCUUGGGAGACAGGCCCUGCUUAUCCCUGGGGACCAGUGAGGGGCCCCAGACGCCAGCCCUGGGGACUCAGGCCCCGCUGGGCAAGGCUGUGGGUAAACAGAUGAGGCCAGUUGUCUAGGUAGUUGCUUUAGAUAAAUGCUCUUUUUUUUAAAAAAAAAAAAGAUCUAAAUGAGAAACCGUAA